AUGGACGAACAAGCCCGGAUCAUGCAGGCUCUCGGCGGUGUCAGCUUGGCUGGCCACUCCGUACAAGGAAGCAUGGGACUGCAGCCUCCACAUGGACACGAUGGGACAGAUGAUGGGCGAAAACAAGAUAUCGGUGACAUUCUGCAUCAAAUAAUGACCAUUACUGACCAAAGUCUGGACGAGGCGCAAGCAAAGUUGGUUCAUUUACAUGUUUUCUCUACAAAACACUUUACGCACCAUUACGCACUAUAGCUAAUGAAUAUCCAUGUAAUAACAGGUAGCUAGGCUAUAAAAUGUUGCUCCAUACCUGAAACCCAUGGUCAAUUAGUUGCAGGGGCCAAUGUAGAUGAAAAAGUUAACACCUGUCAUCCAGUAAUUCUAAUAGUUUUGACACGCUUCAUUGGCUCGUGUGGUCUACAAACAAUUUUAGGGGAAAGUGCAGGCUAUAUAUUUCAUUUACAUAUAAUGUUGCGUAUUGGUAGGCUGGGCUACUGUAAACAUUGAUUGAUGCGUACUUGUAGAAUAAUGUGUUUCACAGUAACUCCUGAUAUUUUAAAAUAACAUUGGGUAAUAUCCUAUUUUAAUUCCGUGGCGUUAUUUUCCAUUAGUAAUAAUUUUGAAUGUACAGUCUUGAGUAAUUUCAAUUGUGAAUUUUCAACAAAUAAACUUUUUUAAACUAACUUUGAAGUCUUACCGAAUAGUUAGUAUUUCAACAAACAAUGCAUCCAUUGUCAUUCGUGUUGACAAAGCACUCUGUAUGCUACAACUUUGAGAUGCAUGUCAACAUUAACUACAGAUCCUCCAUGUGCAAAGUGAGCAAGACCUCGAAGUUAUUGUAAAGAGCAAGGACAUUAUUCAGAGUAAUUUCUUACAAGUUUUAACAACUAUGGUGUUAUAGUGACUAUAUUUCAAUGUUGGUUCUUGUCUCAAACUGAAACAGGAAACAUGGACUGAACUGCCACAGAAUGAAACCUGCUCUCUUCAGCGUCCUCUGCGAGAUCAAAGAGAAAACA